UUUAUUCAAUUCCAAAUAGAGUUCUUUUCACUUCCUAAUCACCAUCCAACGCUCCCAAGUCAACAUCAUUCACGUCUCCAAUUAAUACCAACGGUCAAGAUUGCAGAGAACACAAUUUUCGUUUCCCGGUCGCUCCAUUUGAUAACACACUCAAAGUUCGAUUCGGAUUCAACAUCGAAACUCAAAGACCACCAGUUGAUGAGCCGGUAAGCUUCUGUUGUUAAUUCUUGUACCCAUUCGAGUUAGUUUCUGGGUUUUCUUCAUAACGACGCCUGAAAAAAAAGAGGAGCUUACAGAGAUAGUUUUCGACUUUAGUUGGUGAAAUUUGAUUUGGGUUAAAUUUGAGGUGUGGGAUUUUGUGAUUACCCAGAUGGGAUCUGGAGAUGAAGUCGUAGAAAUUGAGAAUCUGGAGAGGGGUUUGUUAUCUGAUAAAGACAUAGAAAAAGCUGAGGACGAUAAUAGUGAUACUGUCUUGUAUACGGCGUCGUUUCGGGAGAAAGAAGACAAUUUUGUGAAAUAUCAAACUGCUCGAUGGGUAUUAUAUUCAUUGCUUUUGAUAUUGGCUUGGGGUAUUGGUUUGUUCAUGCUGUUGUAUUUACCUGUAAGGAGAUAUAUACUACGGAAAGAUAUCCGCUCCAGAAAGCUCUAUCUCACUCCAAAUGCCAUUGUAUAUAAAGUUACCAGGCCGGUGCCAUUUCCAUGUUUUGGUGAAUUAAAGAAAGAGAAGCAUGUUUUGUUGCCUUCAGUUAGGGACAUUGUGAUUGAACAAGGCUAUUUGCAGUCUUUGUUUGGUGUAUACUCUCUUAGAAUAGAAAAUGUUGGUGUAAGAAGGCCUCCAAGUGAUGAUGUUCAAAUCCAAGGCAUAGCAAAUCCAAGUGCUUUCAGAAAGGCUGUUUUGACGCGUCUUUCAAAUAUGAGGAGUGAGGUGUUCUCUAGGCAAGCUUCUGCAAUUGAAGACAUUCCAAAGACAAGUUAUUCAUCGUUAGGGAAGUCCCCAUCAAAAUCUGUAAGGCAUGAUGUAAGUCCUUAUUCAGGAGAUGUAGCACUACUACAAAAACUUGAGGAGGUUGAAAGUUCUGUAAAGAGAGUUCAAACCUUAAUGGAGGAACAACAAUGUCAAACAUCACAAUCUGUUAGUUAAGGUGAGUGUGUACUUUACUGUAUUAAUUUCCUGGCUUGUUCUGUGUGUUUUAUUGUACAUCUCUUUUGGUGCCAAGUGGUAAUUUAUCUGGACAUGUAAUCAGCACAAAUAUUAACUAAUUUUUUCUAGUAUAAUUUUUCAAAUUCA